UUCAAAUGGAAAGCUGUUUAGCGAUCAGUCCGAUCUGGUCACCGCAGUCGAAAGGGAGCGAAGGAUUUGUACCUGACAAACUCAACAGACACCGGCUUUUGGUGAAAAGGCGAUUUGCUGUGCAGUGCGCAUCGGUCAGAUAGUGCCUGCUUAUCUCGCCAAACUCCGCGAUAGGCGCUUAAUUAUACAAAGUCGGGUGUUAUUCAUUUGAAGGUUAAUCUUUUAUUUAAUAGGAGAAGAAAGUGGGAACGCUGGAGCUGAACCUUUUGUCAAGUUCGACGCUGAAAUGCGUACGGGAAUGGAAUGCAUUAAAUGUGAUGAAAAAUCAUACUAUUGACGAGAAGAUUUCUCGUUAGUGACGAGGUGGAGAAGACUCUUUUAGAUACGUGGUGUUUACAAAAAACGAAAACCAGAGUCGCAUUUUAAUAAUACGUAUUAAAAUGCAUGUUAUCGUGCAUUGAAUUUACCCCUUAUUCUUGCCCGGAGAAGUUUCCUUUUUACCCUCUUUGAAGAUCUUGGGAACUAUUUAUCUGCCACCAACAACUCGACUGGUUAAAAUACAAUUCAGAUGCUUCUCACAGCGGACCCGGGUUUCUCUGGAGCUCUUCGGACAGGCGUGGUGGAGUUAAAGCAGAAUUCAAUAAGGGCAUUGUCCGAAGGGAAAGGCGAUCGAGACCCGCAGAGAGCCGCUGUCCCUGCGCCGAGGUGCUGAGGAGCGGCUUGCGUGUCUUUUCCUUAAAUGCACAGGCAAUUGUGGAGAUUGGUGCUUCGGCAUGAUGGGCUUUACGGUGCUUGUGCUCGCUACGUUUGCGGCGUGCCUGCGCUUUGGAAGCAGCCAGGGGGAUCCGCUGCCCUUAUCCCUGGUGGAGCUGGUCACAGGCACUCCUAUAGACUCCUUCGAGGACCUGCAGAGACUCCUAGACUCUGACUCCGUAGGUAAAUCUGCAUUCCAACGCCGCUGCACGUGCCACAUGGGAGAAAGACCCAGAUGGUCCAUUAGUCCAGGAGCUGUUGCCCAAUCACACGGCCCCGCUUCGCCUUCCAGGAGCCUUGGUGACAUCCAGGUGGCAGAGCAGGCUCUGUGCAAGGUGCGGACGGAGGUGAUGGAGGUGUCUCGCUCCAUGCUGGACCGCCGCAACGCCAACUUCCUGCUGUGGCCUCCCUGCGUGGAGGUGCAGCGCUGUUCCGGCUGCUGCAACACCAGGAACCUGCAGUGUGUCGCCACCGUCAGUAGAAUACGCCCCCUGCAGGUGAGGAAGAUCCAGUUUGUGAACAAGCAGCCGGUGUAUGAGAUGGCUGUGAUAUCAGUGGAGGACCACGUCGAGUGCCGCUGCAAGAGCGCCGUGCAGGCGAACAUGCCCAGGACCACGGCGCGGAAACCGCAGAGCCCCCCGCCAAAGGCCCCCCAGGCUCAAAAGCCCAUCCAAGGAGGACAUAUACCAGCAUGACGUGCUAAAGCAGAACCAGAACGUCCAGCUGGAGGAGCUGGAGGGGCGCCAGUGGCAGACCCAGGCUCCUGACACGCGCUCGGGAACGUCCGGCCAGGGGGAGACGUCGACGCCCUCGGGGCGAGCAGCCAUCGCUUGGCGCUGCAACGUGGGAGGGAGCAGAGGAGAAGCAGGUGUGGCGUGAGGAGGAGUUAGACUCACAAGUCGGAGAUGGAAGGCCUCUAGAGAAGCCAGGGUACCGGCACACCGGCACACGAUUGGAAGCAGGCCAAGGACUGUCCCACCAUCACCACAGCAAAGCCGCAGAGGGGAAACUCACAUCAGAGGCCCCAGCCCCUGGCAGCGGCUCCACGGCAACGAGAAGGCCUGAGGCGGAGGAGCCAGGACCUAGCCUGCACCCGGAUGCAGUGACGAGACAUCCGCAAGAGCACCGGCCUGGCCUCGCCCAUGCAGGCACGACCAAUCAGAGGCCGCUAUCCAAGGGGCCCCAGAGAGACAACAAACAGCUAGGGAUGGAAAUCAGGAGGAAUCAGGAGGAAGUUGAGGCUUCAAAGAAAGAGGGACUCAGUGACCAAGAAAGGGAUCAGGUGCAGGAACAGCAACAGCAACAGCACCAUCAACAGCAUCUUCAUCAGCCGCACCAACAAGCGCACCAACAAGCGCACACGACCGCAGCAAAAGCAGCGAUGGCGCCACCUACCACGAGAUCACCGGCCAUCAUGCAGACACCAUCCCCAUUCCGUCCCCCCAGGAGGCGCUCCUCGUCGUUACGGAGGAGACUACGUAAGAACAGGAACAGGAUGAGCAAGACAGCCAUGAGGGCCAUUCUCAUGUAGAGAACCCAUCAAAGGUGUUAAGCUACUGUUUCGCCUCCUGACCCACUCAAAAGUGCUCCUGGAGCUCGAGGGAAUUCUGAAGGCAUCGUGGAUGUAUGGGUGCUCGUUGAAAAUAAGCUCAUCCACUCUAGAUCUUCACUUAGCUUUUUGCAUCAGAAGAGGCUUGUAAUAUUACCGGAACUUUUCUUGUUAGUUGUAUGUGACAACAAGAGUCUCUCGAGAAAAUAGAAAUCAUCAGAAGGACUCCUGGAUGAGAUGGAACACCUUAUGAGACCGGCUGUGCGUCAUGGGACGUCCCACAUGUGUCCCAUCCGUGCCACACUGUGGAAACUCACAGAAAUACAGGACCAAGACGCAACAAGAAAAGGUGACCCAGAACUGGAAAGUCAUUCAACUGGAACAGGGGUUCACUGCAACCCUGGACUACAGCACUGAAAGAAACCUCAAGACUUUAAAAGAUAAAAUUAUCACUGUCACAUUUGAAUGCCCUCACGUAUCACUGGUGCAGUCGUGUAUAAUAUAUACAUGUGUAUACUUUUCUGGUAUGUUAAUUUAACCUAGACACUGGAUUUUAACUGAGAAGAGCAUCCAAAGCUUUGGAAUUCCGAAUUCUGAAAUUCCAAAGGCGUGUUCGCACUGGCCCGACGAAUCGAACAGCCAGAACUCGAGCCGAGGGCAUUUCAUAAGAGAUGCAUUAUUUGCUGUGGUUCAGACAGGCUCUGAACAGCUGUGGAGGUCUGUAAAGCCAGUCUGUAUCCAUCUAUCAGGCUUACCGACCAGUGGAUAGUCGAUGGCCGGUCGUCCUUCACUGGAGCAGCACCAUUUGCUGGACAAGGUUCUGAAAUGAAGCCCAGUAGAAGUGAAACCUGAUUGCUACAGAUGGCGAAAGUGCAAGUAAUUAGUUUGUGUCUAUGCACUCGGAGGCACGUUUUUGUGUCAAAGAUGCCAGUUCUUUGUGGAGCCGUUCGACCAAAAAUGACCAUCGGGUCACAGUGGGUCAAGCAGAGAGUGACUGGGAGGUUCCCUGCCUGGAUGUUGACAAGGUCCUGCCAGACAUCCAACAGGGGCAGGAUUUUCAGGAGAAAAACGCAGAGCAAGUCUCAGUCCCAUCCAGCAGAGGGUGCCGCCAUGGGGAAUAAGGGCCGGUCCCUGUCAGAGAGAGACUGUCCCCUGGGGCUCCGGCCGUCUCGUGCCAUGCCGACAAGGCAGGGGAAGGACGCCGACGGCAGCCUGCAGCCUCCGUCUUCAAAGUCGUCCAUCUCUUCAUUGUGUCUCUUUUCUUUUUUCCUUUCCGAAACAAUCAUGGCUUUGAUGCCGUAGGAGAGGAAACGGCAGGAGACACCGAUUAGCGGAAGGACUGCAGCCUGUCUCAACUGCCCCCCACCCCCCCCCAGCUAGGCCUCAUUGGGCAGAGGGGCUUCAGAGUCGGGGGGGGGAGGAGGGGGGACAGACAUGUCUUCCCCCACCAGGACCAAAUAGCAUGUGAACUGUCAAGUCCUGUCGUGAGCACUGUAUGUAAAUGUCCCAGAAUAUUUUUUAUGUCUAUUUUUUAAGUUAUUUAAAAAUAUUGUCUCCCAUGUGCUCAUUUGUAAUGAAUUGUUUUGAUUAUAAUUAAUGUAAUUAUAAUUUUUAAUAUAUCUAUAAAAGCAAAGUAAUAUUAA